AUGCGUCUCACACUAGCCGUUUCCCUCUACCUUUUAGCUGACAAAACCGUUGGUGCAGAUGACAAUAACUUGGAGAUCUCCGACUUUAUGUCUUUUAACGCAUCGGAAGGUAAAGGCUCCAACAUUAAUGAUCCCUUCGCCAAUAUGUGGAGCAUGAUAGGUGACGACACCGUCGUCCCUUCCAGGACACCGCUGCCUCGCAUUGCUGCUAACACGGAGACAGUUAACCGUAGUGUUGGAGGAGGUGAGAUGACGGUGCUGCAACGAUUGCGGACUCCUCAUACAGCAUUACUGGCGGUUUUGUCCGCGCGGCAGAAGAGCCUUACUACGGUUCGCCUACUUUGGUCCCGGGAGAAUUUACGCGCUGCCCUCGAUAAACAAUGGCGUCUCGAUCUUGUUGCUGUGCUACUUCCGCAGUUGUCAAGACUUAUUUGGAGCAAAUACCCCACGUAUGUCGAAAUCACUUGCCAGGCUGUGAGACUAAUACUCAAGAACUUUGCCAGUCUCAUUCGUCAGACCCUUGAUUCAGCUCAUAGAAUCGGCGUCGACAUCACUCACGAGGAACGACGAGCAAAAUGUCAAACUUGCGUAACCCACUUGGAAGCCAUCCGAUCUGCUUUCGACUCAAAAGACGUUGUUGCCAAGGCCGGACAGUAUGGAAAAGAAGUCUCAGCGCUGUUUUCUCUGCUUAAAUGA